UCAGCUGUCUGAAGUGCGGGGCAUGAAGGCAGCCGUAAAACAUUCGGGCUGAGGGGCACUUGUGGCCGGCGUGGGCGCUUUCCUCGGAGGCAUGUUGGGAGGCCCCCUUAGCAUUGCGGUCGGUAGUACUGUUGGUAGUUUGGCCGGAGCCAGCAUGUCCACUGGACAGUUUAAACUGGUCCCACAGAUUCUCUUGGAAUUACCUCCUAUGGAGCAGCAGCGGCUAUAUGAUGACACCUAUGCUAUUCUUAGGAAUUUAGACUGGACCGACCUGGCCCAGAUCACAGCCCUGGUCACGUCGAGUGCAAGCCUUCAAGCUGAGCUCCAAGGUGUGGUCGCAACCUUCCUCACCAAUGAUUUCCAUGCCGAAAUUCAGUAUGCAGCGUAGUAAGAGGAAUGCAGGGCUCUGCACACACUGAAGUGAAUCCCACCAGGAACAUCUGGGAGCAGGAGCAAGUUCCAGAUGUUUUGCCUUCCUUUCCAUUCUGCAAAUUUGGUUCCCCCCAUCCUGCCCCUGUGAUGACUUCUGAUUUAGAAAUAAAAGGAGAGUUCAGAGUCACAAAGAACCUUUUAAAUGCAGAGAGAAGCACACUAGUAAUCUGCGUUUUAAUAAUAUGUACACCUCCCGCCCUGCUCCCGAUGCCACUCGAACUCGGAUAAACCAGCUUUUCUCAA